ACGGUGCAUCCGCCCAUGUAGUAUAUUGCCACAACAUUUUGGGAAUUUAAGCAUUCUCUUUCAGAAGGGAUUUCGGGACCAAAUUGGAUUACUUUGUGCCUGUACCCGUCUUUAGAUUUGUGUAUUAGACCCUAAUACACAGGUAAACAAGCUUAGAAACCAAAUUAUCUAUCAGUUUGACGAUAUUAGCUUAGGAAUCAAGGCACUUGCUCUUGCAUUCUGUGCCUUGGAUCCCAAUCCCGAUCAUGGGUAGGGUCUGUGGAUGCUCACAGGAUGGGAAGGAAGGAGACAAAAUAUUUUGUACUGUAUAUAAUUUCUGGUUAUAUGAUCCAUGUAGCACUUUCAGUGACUCCAUGACAUGCAAUUGCAAAUAGGGUUUCAAUUUUCAUAGCAUCAACCACAAGGGUACUGCAAUGGUUAGUGAACGCAGAUUAUAAAUUCGUGAGCUCCCAAAAAUGUAAUCAUGUUCUGUGCAAACGACUGAACGAGGAAUUGUGGAAGAAUUUUUUUCUAACUUCCUUCGAAUUUUCUUUCAGUAAGUCACCAUGUCAGAAUGCCAAUUAUCAGCGCUAUGAUAAAUUGCAUCAUGUGUCGUUUACACAUUUCAGCACAGUGGUCUAUAUAGAUUCAACUUACAUGUGCUCUAUCGAAAGGGAAUUGCUCUUCUCUGUACUUAGCAUAUGGAGAAACAUGAAGAACUUAAGCUGGGGUUUCGAGUGCUUCAUUUAGUCUUAAAAAGUUCACCCAACAAAUCUCACACAUGGCCCAGGUGAAGCUUUGAAACAGCAUGUACAGUAUUAUUUAGUUUCCCUCUCGACUCAUUUGAUCCUUGUUGCUGACAAGUUCCAACACUAUUUUUCACUCUGAAGUUGCUAACAAAGUAACAAGUAGACAGACCUUGUUAGAGUGCUCUGUACUGUAUACACGAAAGCUGUUUCAGUAGUUCCUGUUUUGAUGUACAAAUAAUAUUUGUUUUAUCUGGAAAGGCUACACAUCAGUAACACCUAUUUUCCUUCGAUAAAACAGAAUAUUUUUUUAGGGUAACACUGACUGAAGUCACAUUUGAGUUGCUGCAGAACUACGAGUGUUAAAAUUGUGUAACUUCUAGAGGGGAGCCAGAAGAAGGAAACCGAAGUCAUCAGCGCCGAGUUGCCGGAGCAGAUGGUGGGAUUCGGUAGCCUUGCUCCCAAGACCAAGAACCUGGUGGUGGGCGGUGGGUUGACGGGGUUCGUCUUUGGGGUGUACUAUUACACCAUGAGAGCAGUCGGCAGCACUGAUGAGCUGCAGGUCGCCAUCGACAAGUUUGAAGACCUGAAGAAGAAGGACGCCGACGCCACCCCCGCUGCAAACCCCUCCACCCCAGGCUCAUCGAACUCCCUGAUCAACCUCAGACCACACUUGCACGGGAGCAAGCAUCGGAUAGAAAAGUGUUCCACCUCCAUGAAACAAAGCUCGCCACGUGCAAAGAAGUCUUUUGGAGAUCCAUUUCCUCUCCAACAUGCAAACACUCCUAACGCACUGACCAGAGGAUUCACGCCAAAGCCUCGUCAAGAAGAUCUUCAAGAAACCUCCUACGAUCUUCAAAGGUUUGUCAUGCAGCUCAUCCUGGGGAAAUGCGCCCUUGGAAUCCAUGGCGGAAAGUUCUUGCUUUUCUUGGUAAUGAAGCAAAGAAUUGAGGCCAGUCCUGAGAAGAUCCAUACCAUACUUGCUAUAGCAGCAAUGCUAAGUCAAAGAUGUGAAGGAUGGCCGCCUUGUCAGGUUCAGUCUAUCUCUGAACCCUGAUCGCUGCAGCACACACUAAUUUGAACAGAAAUGGAUGGAUUUCGGAGGAGAUUUAGCUAGGGUUUGACCACUGGUAGAUGCGCAUAUAUGGCCAGCCGGAACACAAGGGCUAGGGUUUAACCUGAUUACAAAAGUAGGUGAGCCUCAGGCUCCCACUCACUGUCUCUUGUAGGAUUGCAGAUGAGAAAAGGUGUUAGUAAACAGUAGAAGAACGUGCUAUUGUCGUAAUUCAAAUAGCGUCACGCCGAUGCACAGGAGCCCUUGGAUCGGAGAUCAACAUGGGCUGCGACGUCUCCCGAGAACGAAGUGGUAAGUGGCACAGGAGGACGUUGGAUCGGAGAUCGGCGAUCAGGGACGGCACACUGAGAAUGAACAUAAACACUUGAUGAUAGUCAGACAUAUAUUCAUAACGAAUGCACCCGCAACUCAUACCAAAUAUAUUGCCUCAAGCCCCAAAGCCUGGGAAAAUUUUGUGGAUAAAGGCGGAGUCCUCCCAUGUCGCCUACUCCGGAGGCAUGUUCUUCCAUUUGACCUUCCACUGAAAUGACUGGGAUACUGAUGUUACCCUGCACUCGAGGAAUAAGCUUGGGUUCUAGUAAUUCUUACAGGCUCAAUGAGGAUUGUACCAUCAGGAUUAAGUGUGAGGUGCUGUAGGGAUGGCCUUUGGGCCAAUGUGCCUUUUCAAUUGGGAUACAUGGAAUGUAUGGUCCAGUUGGCAGCCAACAGGGAGCAACAACUUGUAGGAAGCA